AUGUUUUUGAGGAAUUCACAGAUGUACGCGAUAAAGAGGUUUCUGUACCAGAACAAGGGGAUUGUGGUGCCAUUUGGGAAGCAGGGAAUGCAUCCGACACUGCGAAUGAAGAACUGCGUCGUCCACAAGGGACUUCGAACUCUUUCGAGCAAGGCGUAUCUUGAGAAGCACGCGGCAUGGCAACACGCGUGGUUUCUGGUCACGACAGAGGGAUAUGCGAGGCUGAGGGACGAAGUCGGCCUCAGCGACGCCACUGUGCAACAGGAGAAUCAGCUGGAAACAAAAGCAUAA